UUUCGAGUGAUUUGUUGUACUUGAUUGUACUAGUUUGAUUCUUUGUUAUAAUCGCUGACUUUUUGAGAGCAGAGUUUCAGGGAGAAAGGUACUGUUCGGAGUCCCUCUCUGAAGAGGUGAACCAUGAAGCAGAAACAAAAAAGGAAACAUCUAGAAAACCCAUACUCCCCCCCAACUGCCAAAAAGUCAAGAGCAAAUCUGAAUUUACAAGAUCUGCAGUAUAAACACAAGGCAGUGCCCUUAACUUCAGCCCAGGCAGCAAAGAGGGUGUCAUCAUCUUCCUCAGAGUACUUCUCCUGCAUCUCUUCAGAAGACAAGCUCAAUGUUGCUGGAACCUCAAAGUUAGACACAUAUGAUCCACCAGCUGGCUGCUCUUUGGAAGACAAUCCUCCGGUCUCUGAGGCAAGUGGAUCCUCUGAAUCGGAAUGCUUAUCCUGUUGGUCCUCCUUGUGCCAUCGCUCUUCUGCUGAAAUCUUAAAGAAGCGAAGGGAUGCUACAGAGCCUAGUCAUAGUUCCCCGCAGGAAGAAGACAAUGUUGUUGUCUCAGAACGCGUGUCUGACAAUAAGAGUACUCAAGUCUUAAACACAGAUGAAGACAUUCCACCUCCUGGGCCCUCUGGGUUGGCCCAAGGCCAUGGCCAGACAGCAGGGGAUUCAGACUCAGAAUACUUCUCUUGUGUCUCUUCUCCAUACAAGCUCAUUCACAGUGAACUCUGGAAGAGUCAAGAGGAUGUGCCUCAGCCUGAAUCAUCUGCGGUGGUCCCUCCUAGCAGGGAGACAGCAGGAAAAAACUCCUCUGCCUCAGAAUACUCCUCAUGUGUCUCCAUAGAGGAGACUAAGCUCAUUCCUGCCAAAGAGGAUGGAGUCCCUCAAACACACCAGGAUGUUUCUUGUGUUGGACACUCCGAGGAAUAUGAGACUUCCUCCCCCUUUCCACAUGUCUCCUUUCCAUUCCAUUUGGUUCAUGGUCCUAAGCCCUCUGUGUCCUCAGUACACACGGAAGAGGAAGAGCUCAUGAAAGUUUACUAUAUGCGUGUCCAAAUGAAAAGGGGGGUGGCUGUCUUAUGUCAUCCCGAGGAGGGGCUGGAGCCUCCCUCCAAGAAGACAAAAAUAGAAGAAAUGACCUUUCAUGAAAAGAUCCAGGCAGAAGUCACCCCCUCUCAUGUAGGUACGAAGGAACUCCUAACUGACAGUGAGUCCAGCUGGAAUGAUGAAGCCCAAGAGGAAGAGGAGGAGGCUGAUAGUCCAGCAGAGCCUCCAGCUGUGGAGGAGCAUUCCAGAGCCAAGACACCUGAAUGGCUCGUGGCUUUGGACAGUGGCUUCAGGUGCAUGGCCUGCUGCCGGGUCUUUCCCAGCUUAGAGGCCCUCCAGGAGCACGUGCGGCAUGGGGUCAGUGAGGGCUUCAGCUGCCAUACCUUCCAUCUGGCCUUGACUUGGCUGAAGAACAAGAACAGGGAAGAAAAGGAGAAGAGUAAGCAGAUGAAGAAUACCAAGAAGACAACAUGUAGAUGCCAGAAAGAGAAACAUUUUGGCAUGAAGUUGUCUUCAUGCAAAUAAACAGACUCUUUUCAGCCCCUACAAGAGAAGCAGUAGAGUAGGCCAGACUCUACUGACGGGGCAUUAUCUUCUCUAAGCAGCCCUAGGACCCACCUUUAUUUAUGCACGUCUCCGACCACCACCACUCCCAGCACACCACCACCAGGAGCAGAGAACCCCUUUCAAUUCUCUCCAUUGCUCUCCCAAGAAGGAGGGAGAAGGCAGUGCCCACCAGACAGAACAGCAAGAUGGUCUCAUGCAAACUAAAGAGCAGUGAACACCAGCAUAUCGUCUCCACCAUUACACUGAAAAAAGGAGACUCGUUGGAAGGGGAAACUGCUGGGGGCCGGAUUGUAGAAGAGCAACACAGACCCAUUGGCCCAAAGAUUUCAAAUGAUAGUGUCCAGCACAUUCCUGCAGUCUGAUGGGAGCACAGUAGUUCGCAUGAGCCCCCCAGCAUCAAGGGAUGGCUGGCUGAAGAUGAAUGUACCUGAUAUUCUGCAGCUGCUCCCAGUUGACCUGGUAAAAUCUGGUGCCCAGCUCUGGAGAAAAUAUCCACACAGAGCCAUGAGGAGCCCAAGGAAUGCUGGGAAUAUUGGGCACUCAGGAGCCCCUUGGAAAAACUGCUUCUGCUGACCCUUCCUUACCCUGCCAGGAGUCAGGCACCACUGAAAAUGCCUGUGAGAUUGCCUGAUGGGGAAGAGGGCAGUAUAGGUAGAGAGAUUUUAGAACUGUGAUCAGCACAUGUCUCCUACCUAGAGCUUUCACCAGUGGAACAGAAGAUUGAUGACAGCUUGGCAGGACUCAGGGGAUGAGAUUGCUAGCUUGACAGAGGAUCUAAAAGGAGAUUUUUCUUUCCCCAAUUUGACUUCUACUUGUAGCUUCUCGAGUCCCUCGCAUUUAUUGUAGGUUUGAACACCUGGCUCGGAGUCUUACUUUCCAGCCCGGCUAUUGCUCUUCACUCCCCCACAUCUUCUAUCCAUGAACAUGUGCCUGAACACUCCAAAUAUCAGUGGUCCAGAUUUCAAUCCAUACCCUUCCUCCCCUACACUUGCACCCACACAUUUCCUCCACUGUAGUCUCUGUUAACAAUUUUACUUAUUUUUCUAUAUCCUUUUCUUUAUAUGAACAUAUGCCUUUCUCCAUAUCUUGCAUGGUUAUUUGGCUGGCGGAUAGACAUUAUUGAGAGAGGAAAAGCUAUUGCACAAAUGAAACAAAAGCAAAGAACCCCCCCCCCACUUGGCUUCUCUGGGCUUGUGCACACGUAGGCGUGCAAACCCUUCUUAUACAGUCAUAGGAGAGAGGAUGGAAAGUGUAAUAAAUCAUCAGGGAUGAUCAGAUAUGUGUACACAAGGGUGUUGCAAAAGUCGUAAUGCAGCUUUAAGCUUAAUUUUAGAAGCAUAAAAGAUACCAAGUUUUGAAAAAUAUAAUUUACAUGUUGAAUUAUUUGCAUGUCACACUUAAAUUGUGUAUUUUCAAAGAUCAAUUUUAAUUUUUCUUUGUCACUCUGCCAUCUUCAAUCAGAGGGACAGAAACAAAGAAAUUUUAAAGUGUUCUUUAUAGUUCACAAAACUAUAUAAGGAAAAUUAAAAUAGUUCAACUUUCAAAUGGUAUCAUUUAUAAUUUUUAGCUUUGCACUUCUGAAAUUAUUAAAGCUAAUAACUGCUAUAUGGCAUUUGGGAAAUAUACAUUUACACAGGUAUAUACAGGUUUGUAUCAGAUACAUGAUUAGCUUGGAGUUGUCCCCAUGGAUAUGUACAUAUGAGAAGCUUAUGUGCACCUGUGUGUCAUUGAAACCAAGAGGUGGAUUAUAGUUGCUUUUGCUUUCAUCUGCCUUCUUCUUUUUCCUCCUUCUUUUGAUAAGAGUCUCUCCUUUCUGGCCAAAUACAUGUGUAAGUCAGUCAGACUAGCCAAGUGAAGUCCUUACUAGACUACUUGGCUUCCAUGAUUCACCUAGGGGUAGACAUUGGUCUGUGUUGGAACAAUCUGUACUGAUUGAUAGCUUGGAGAAUUAAAACAGGAGCUAGAGACUGGGCAGAUUCCUGGUGAGUUAUCCUUUGUCUGUAACUCAAGUUAACGUCUGUGAGCCUCUACUGCUGGACUUGCUUCAAUUCCUCUUUUUUGGAAGACCUGGCUGUUUUAAUUAUUACUUUAAUAUGCUAAGCAU